UCUCUCAUAUAAAAUCAAUCCUUUCUGCCGUCUUCUUCUUCCUCGCAAAAUUUUCUGCUUCACCAUUGUGAUUCCGAAGCAUCUCAAUACCUCACAGUCAUGGGGCACUCCAACGUCUGGAACUCUCAUCCUAAGAACUAUGGCCCUGGUUCUCGCACUUGUCGUGUGUGCGGAAAUCCCCAUGGGUUGAUCAGGAAGUAUGGACUUAUGUGUUGCAGACAAUGCUUCCGUAGCAACGCCAAGGAAAUUGGUUUCAUUAAGUACCGCUGAGAAGCUAAUUAUCUCUGGAUGGAGUUGAAUUUAUAUUGAAGAAGAUUUUCCUAGUUUUUUCUCUUGUUUACUCAGUAUGGACUAUGAAAUGAUUGUUAGAAGACGAUUUUGACACUUUGUUCUGAACUACCAUAUUUAAGGUUUCUUAAUUGAGCUUAUUGAGAUUAUUUUGACAUA